GGAUCCUAUACCACAAAUUACCGAGAUCAUGUUGCGUACAGUAAAACCAAAGAACGCCCGUUCCAAGCGUUUCCUCAAGAACAGAGAAUCAAAAGUUGUCGAAAACCCAAAGACCACAUUGCUUGUUCGUGGAUCCACAACCAGUCAGACAGUAAAUGAUGCCCUGAAGGAUCUUAGUGCAUUGAAGCGUCCUCAGAGCAUCUACUUUGGAAAGAAGAAUGAAAUUAAGCCUUUCGAAGAUGAGGAAAAGAUUCAGUUCUUCUCCAACAAGAACGAUGCUGCACUUAUGGUCAUUGGUACCCACUUGAAGAAGCGUCCUCACAACCUGACUUUUGUCCGUAUGUUUGACCAUCAAAUUCUCGAGAUGUUUGAGCUCGGUAUUGAAAAGGCAGUUUCCAUGAAUGAUAUCAAGCACCCCAAAUGUGCUGUUGGUAUGAAGCCCUUGAUGGUAUUCAGUGGCGAGCAAUUCGACUCUGACAUCGUAUUCAAGAACAUCAAAAACUACUUUUUGGAUUUUUUCAAUGGCGAAGAAACCGAGGCAGUCAACCUGAACGGUCUCGAGUAUGUGAUUAGUCUGACAGCCACACCCGACAAUAAGAUCUUCUUCCGUACCCACACCAUUCAGAUGAAGAAGAGUGGAUCAAAGACACCCCGUGUUGAACUUGUAGAAAUGGGCCCCAUGUACGAUUUCACCAUCAGACGCACAUCUCCACCCAAGCCUGAUCUGUGGGCAGCAGCAGUCAAGGUUCCCAAGGAGAUCAAGCACAAGAAGGUCAAGAAUGUAAAUGUAGACGAAAUGGGAGACAAGUAUGGCCGUAUCCACGUUGGAAACCAAGAGAUUGCAAAGCUCCAGACCAGAAAGAUGAAGGGUCUCAAGAAGAGAUCCGCAGAAAAGGAGACCGACAAGGAAGGCGAGACUGUUUCAAAGAAGCAAAAGAGAGACUCGUCAUCGUCAUCAUCAGCAGCAGUAGCAGUAGCAGAAGGAUCAGACGAAGAGUAAUAUCAAUAAAAAAAAGGAAAGAAAGCAUUACCAAAAAAGGAGGAAGAAGAAUAUAUAAAAGUGUAUAUAGAUAUAGAUAUAUAUAUAUAAUCAGAACAAUCUCGAGUAUUUUCUCUGAAGAAAAGAACAGCGUUAAUUUUAUUACAGU